UCCUGCCGUUGGCAAGGCCGGCCGACUCGCGCCGCGCGGUGGUCACCCCCGCCCGCUCCCUCGCUCCCCGCCCGGCAGCGCCCGGCUAUUUCCAGCAACGCCGCUUCGGGUCAACCGACUGGGGAGCGGCGCCGGGAGCGCGACGCGGGGGAAGGGGCGGUGUCGCCCGGGCCUGGGGUCCGCGGAGCUUUGGCUUGGCCCCGCCGCGGUGGCCGAGACGGUGACGCGCCCGCCGGAAGGCCGGGCCGAGCUGGAGCUUAACGGACACUAAUCCCUUUUAUCAUCUCACCAUCUAAAAUGAGCAGUGCCCAUCGGAGCGGACGUUCGUGCAUGUUUUUGACCUCAUGGCUGCGCAGACUCCGCGGGGGGCUUCUCUAAGCAAGAGGAAGCAGGCCGGACGUCAUCCAGAGCAGCCGGCAGGCCGAGCCGGGCAGCGCCGUGGCAGGACGGUGCGUGAUGCCUCCACCCCUGACUCCUCUUCACGUGAGACUGUGGCCCAGCCAACCCGAGCCCGGGAUCCUCCUCCUCCCAGUACAAGGAGAGGCGCUGCCAGGAUCCCAGCUGGAGCCCGAGCCCAGCCGGCGUGCAGGGAGGCCGCUGCAGGCUCCUCUGCACUGGCCAAGCCGGGCGCGGCCUGGCGCCAGGAUGGCCUGUGUGUGUGGCGGGCCGAGCUCCUGCGCGCGAUCCUGGCUCGAGGGUUCUACCUAGAGACGGCUCCGGGAGAUGGUCCCUCCCCCUGGAUGCGGUCACCGCGUGGUAAAUUCCAUCUGAAAAAUAAAAGCUGAGCUCUUUGCUGAGUCAUAGAACCUUCGGAGCUGAUUCGCAGGCGCUGGGCUGAGCCCCAGCCGAGCCGAGAGGGAGCCAGUCACACGGCGGGGCCGGCCGAGAUGAAAAGGGAGAGGGGAGAGCAGCAGCCGUGAGUGUUUAUUUCCCGGGUGCUGCAGAGGCUUUGCUGUCUCGGGCUGGGCUGCGUUUCUCAGCACAGGUGAGUGAGAACAUGUAGUGGAGCCGCAGCCCCGGCGACGCCUGCUGAGCUCAGCGCGGACACCCCGGCCCCCACGGAGCACCCACCCAGCCCACCGUCCACCUGCCGUCCGGCCUCACCAUGUCCAAGAAGGGCGCCGGCGGCCGCGCCCGGGGGGACAAGGCGGAGGCCUUCGCGGCGCUGCAGGCAGCCAACGAGGAGCUGCGCGCCAAGCUCACGGACAUCCAGAUCGAGCUGCAGCAGGAGAAGAGCAAGGUGGGCCGGGUGGAGCGCGAGAAGAACCAGGAGCUGCGGCAGGUGCGCGAGCACGAGCAGCACAAGAGCGCGGUGCUGCUCACGGAGCUGAAGACCAAGCUGCACGAGGAGAAGACGCGCGAGCUGCAGGCCGUGCGCGAGGCGCUGCUGCGGCAGCACGAGGCCGAGCUGCUCCGGGUCAUCAAGAUCAAGGACAACGAGAACCAGCGGCUGCAGGCGCUGCUGCACGCGCUGCGGGAGGGCGGCCCCGACAAGGUCAAGACCGUGCUCCUGUCCGAGGCCAAGGAGGAGGUCAAGCGGGGCUUCGAGGUGGAGAAGGUCAAGAUGCAGCAGGAGAUCUCGGAGCUCAAGGGCGCCAAGAGGCAGGUGGAGGAGGCGCUGACGCUGGUCAUGCAGGCCGACAAGAUCAAGGCCGCCGAGAUCCGCAGCGUGUACCACCUGCACCAGGAGGAGAUCAGCCGCAUCAAGAAGGAGUGCGAGCGCGAGAUCCGCAGGCUGAUGGAGGAGAUAAAGUUUAAAGACAGAGCAGUCUUCGUGCUGGAGAGAGAGUUAGGGGUGCAAGCCGGGCACGCUCAGAGGCUGCAGCUCCAAAAGGAGGCUCUAGACGAGCAGCUGUCCCAGGUCAGAGAGGCCGACCGGCACCCCGGCAGCCCCAGGCGGGAACUUCCUCAUGCAGGCGGUGCAGGAGACGCCUCAGACCACUCGGGAAGCCCUGAACAGCAGUUGGAUGAAAAGGACGCCCGGCGCUUCCAACUGAAAAUCGCAGAGCUGAGCGCGAUCAUCCGCAAGCUGGAAGACCGGAACGCGCUGCUGUCGGAGGAGCGGAACGAGCUGCUGAAGCGCUUGAGGGAGGCCGAGAGUCAGUACAAGCCGCUGCUGGACAGAAACAAACGCCUCACUCGGAAAAACGAAGAUCUGUCGCACACCCUGCGUCGGAUGGAGAACAAGCUGAAGUUCGUCACCCAGGAGAACAUAGAGAUGAGACAGAGGGCUGGCAUCAUACGGAGACCCAGCUCCUUAAACGACCUCGAUCAGAGUCAGGACGAAAGAGAAAUUGAUUUCCUGAAACUUCAGAUUGUCGAGCAGCAAAACCUCAUAGACGAGCUGUCUAAGACCCUCGAAACCGCCGGCUACGUGAAGAGCGUGUUAGAGCGGGAUAAGCUCUUACGAUUCCGGAAGCAGAGGAAGAAAAUGGCGAAACUGCCCAAGCCGGUCAUCGUGGAGACCUUCUUCGGCUACGACGAGGAGGCGUCCCUGGAGUCCGACGGCUCCUCCGUCUCCUACCAGACCGACCGGACGGACCAGACCCCGUGCACGCCCGACGACGACUUGGACGAGGGCAUGGCCAAGGAGGAGACGGAGCUGCGGUUCCGGCAGCUGACCAUGGAGUACCAGGCGCUGCAGCGCGCCUACGCAUUGCUGCAGGAGCAGGUCGGAGGGACGCUGGACGCAGAGCGAGAAGUUAAGACGCGUGAGCAGCUCCACGCAGAAGUGCAGCGGGCGCAGACGCGCAUCGAGGACCUGGAGAAGACGCUGGCGGAGCAGGGGCAGGACAUGAAGUGGAUCGAAGAGAAGCAAGCGCUGUAUCGGAGAAACCAGGAACUCGUGGAGAAGAUCAGACAGAUGGAGGCAGAGGAGGCUCGGCUGAGACACGAGGUGCAGGACGGAAGGGACCAGAACGAGCUGCUGGAGUUCAGGAUCCUGGAGCUCGAGGAGAGGGAGAGGAAGUCACCCGCCAUCAACUUCCACCACACGCCCUUCGUGGACGGGAAGAGCCCCCUCCAGGUGUACUGUGAGGCCGAAGGCAUGACGGACAUCGUGGUCCCGGAGCUGAUGAAGAAGCUGGACAUCCUGGGGGAUAACGCCGUAAGUAACCUGACCAAUGAGGAGCAAGUAAUUGUCAUACAAGCCAGGACAGUCCUGACCUUGGCCGAAAAGUGGCUGCAGCGGAUUGAGGAGACAGAGUCGGCGCUGCAGCGGAAGAUGGUGGACCUGGAGAGCGAGAAGGAGCUGUUCAGUAAGCAGAAGGGCUACCUGGACGAGGAGCUGGACUACAGGAAGCAGGUCUUGGACCAGGCGCACAAGCACAUCCUGGAGCUGGAAGCCAUGCUGUACGACGCCCUGCAGCAGGAGGCCGGGGCCAAGGUGGCCGAGCUGCUGUCGGAGGAGGAGCGCGAGAAGCUCAAGGUGGCCGUGGAGCAGUGGAAGCGCCAGGUCAUGAGCGAGCUGCGGGAGCGGGACGCCCAGAUCCUGCGCGAGCGCAUGGAGCUGCUGCAGGCGGCACAGCAGAGAAUUAAAGAGUUAGAAGAAAGAAUAGAAGCUCAGAAGAGACAAAUAAAGGAACUGGAGGAGAAGCUUUCAUUCUCUGGUCGUAGCCCCUCCUGGCACCCUGACCCGCCCCUCGAGCGGCCGGCCCCUUUCCUCCGGCGGGACCAGAGAGUAGCGGGCACUGGCAGCGGCCCGGGACGCGUCGUCGCCAUGCUGAGGACGCCGGGGGACCUGGUCUCUGCGCCCGCCCCGGGGAGGAAGAGGGAGACGGCUCUGCGUCGGGGGCGGGGCGCCUGAGCCCGCCGGCCACCUGGGACGAGCCGAAGUUAGGACUCGUUUGCUGACUUCCUGGGGCUUCUCUGGGAGAGGCCUCCUCGGCUGCUGGACC